GAGUAGUAAUUAUUUUCAAUCGAACUUUUCUUAUAAUAUAUUAUUUAUUGUAGAAAAACAUGUAUUCAUUAAAAUUAAAUAGUACCUACAGAUGGCAGUUAAACUAUUUUAAAUUGAAGAGUAACGGCAUUGUAUAAUAGAGUAUAAAAGGAGCAUUUCAUAGCUUAGAGUGCCUUAUAAGUAGAGAAAGUCACAGAAGCAUAUUGUAGAAUGGGCACUUAUACAUUUUCUGGAAAAUUAUGUAGAAGUACUUAGCAAUUAGUAAUAUCUAUUACUUGAAUUAAUAUGAUUCAUGUAAAUCUACAGAAGGAAUGAAAGUUUUGAAAUUAAAAAAAAAAAAGUCGAAUGUAGUUUGAAAUAGGGAUAAAAAAAUUCUGAACUGAAAUCCAGAUAAUAUAUCGAUGAAAUAAAAUAUGAUUACACCCUUUUAUGUUCAGUCUAAACUCCCGAAAAUAGAUCCUUCGAAGACAUUUUUCAGUUUUGGAGAAUGGAAAAGUCAAAGGGACAGAGAUCAGGUGAAUAGGGGGCCUGGGGAACCACAGGAAUGCAUUUUAAGGUCAAAAAUUCUAUUAUGGAAAAAGCAGUUAUCAUGAUGAAGCAUCUUCAAUGUCUGGUUUCACGUGAAUGAUCCUUUUUCUGUGUCUUUCAAGGACGCCUUCAUAAAAAACUUGGUGGACGGUUUGUCCAAAUGGAACAAAUUUUUUGUGAACUACUCCUUUUUUAUCAAAAAAACUAAUCAGCGUUGAUUUGAUCUUCGGUUUGCAAAACUUCACUUAAAGAUUAUUGGAGGUUACUGAUACACGAAGGACAACCGCGCAGGUUCACCACAUAACUUGGAAUGUUGCCACUCUCAUUUUUGCCACACACAUCCUCUUUUCAUGGAGUCUAUGUCAUAAUCAAUAAGUUCAAGAAGUUUUUCCUUUUUGUUCAGGAUAUAUUUAAUCUGUAUAUUUUUCUUUUUUCAGAAUGUGCGGAGUAUAAUCCACCUCCACCACCUCGUCCAGCUUUUGUAUUUGCAGCAGUAGGAGGAGUACUCUCUCAAGAAUUCCCACAUAUGGCUCUUCUCGGAUAUGGAACAGAGGCAGAAAAAGAGUGGAAAUGUGGAGGAUCUCUUAUUAGUCUACGACAUAUCCUCACGGCAGCCCACUGUCUUUAUUCCCGCGAUUUGGGUGACGUGAAAUUUGUUCGUCUUGGCGAUUUGGACAUAGCAGAUGAUCAAGAUAUACCAGAUCCCCAGGAUUACUAUGUGAAAAAAUCUAUUCCCCAUCCAGAUUUUGAUUCGGCAUCCUUGAAGCACGAUAUAGCUAUAUUAGAACUUAAUGAUGAAGUGAGGAUAACCAGCUUUGUGAAACCAGCAUGUCUGUUUGUUGAUGGUAAAAUACAUCCAGACGUUGAAAUUACAGCUACUGGGUGGGGAAUUACAGAAUUUGCAGGUGAUCAGUGUUCAAUUCAGAGCGAAAAAAUGCAGGGCAGCUGCGUCUCAAUUGGAAACUGUUCUUGGGCAUUGAAUCGAAUAAAACAACGCCAACGUGUCGAUCUUUGCAGUUAUAAUGGAAAGAUCCCGAUAAUAUGUUGUCCUUCCGGUGAAAAAAUUAAUACUGUUGAGCCUCUAGUGGGCGUUACAGGUAAUUUCAAUCCAUCGACAAAUUUAUCAUUGCUGAAAGGACGUUUGUCUUCUACUGUUUGGAGCGGAAGAAAAUUUGAAGAAUAUUAUCCUUCUCCAGAAGGAGGUAGUAGUAGUGUACGCUACUACCCCAUGGUCUUUGUAUAUCCUUCAGGAGGAACGAAAACAUUGGCACACGAAUUUCCUCACAUGGCCAUUCUGGGAUAUGGCAGUGAGAACCAAAAAGAAUGGAAAUGUGGUGGAUCUCUAAUUACCCAUCAGCAUAUUUUAACAGCAGCACAUUGUCUAUAUUCACUUGAUUUAGGAGAUGUGAAAUACGUACGCCUUGGUGAUUUGGAUAUUUUCAAUAACACUGAUUGGGCAGAACCACAAGAUUUCAAUGUUAAAACGAUAAUUCAGCAUCCCAACUAUGAUCGAUCAAAACUGAAACACGACAUUGCAAUUUUGGUUUUAGAUAGGCCAGUGAGAAUAACCGUCUUUGUAAAACCUGCUUGUCUCUUUCCUGGUGGAGUGAUAGCAGACGAUAAAUAUAUUACUGCUACUGGUUGGGGGAUAACUGAGUUUGCUGGUCAACCCAGUAGCCAUUUGAUCGAAGUGCGCCUUAGAAUAGUAGGAAAUGAAGAUUGUAGACACCAGUAUCGCAGAUAUUCAGCCACUGGUGACAUAGACGAUGAGAUUCAAAUUUGUGCUGGUUCAGCCGAUCCAGAAAAAAUUAUAGACACAUGCGAGGGCGACUCAGGAGGACCACUUCAGUUUACGAGUUACACUGAUGGAAUUAAAGAGUACUUUAUCAUUGGAGUGACAUCUUUCGGCAAAGCUUGUGGUAUAACUAGAAGUGCUGGAGUAUAUACUAGAGUUUCUUCACAUUUGCCUUGGAUUCAAUCUGUUGUGGUAAAUAAUGUGUGAAAAGGAGACCCAAAAGUAAUAAAUUUAUAAUAUUUUUUAGAAUAGUAAUUAUUUUCAAUCGAACUUUUCUUAUAAUAUAUUAUUUAUUGUAGAAAAACAUGUAUUCAUUAAAAUUAAAUAGUACCUACA